AUGAAAUGUAUAUCAUUAUUUUCCCCAGUGCUGUUCACACCUCCUGUUUUAAUGAAACCCUUCUUGUAAAGGUGAAAACUUUGACCAAACUUUUCUCAUUCGUCAUGUUGCUGUACACCAAGGAACUUGUGGCGCCGCGUCCUCCCGACCAGGGUCUGCUCCGCUUCGGGAACAAGCCAGCUGGGCUGAAGUACAGUGAGAGGUUGCGCCUCUCAUUUGUCCACUCCACCAUCCAUGGGAUGGAGCAUGUCUUCGGAGAGCGGCAUUUCUGGCAACGCAUUCUGUGGCUCACCAUUGUCGUGGGCGCUGGAGUCACCGGCUUUAUUUUGUAUUCCAUGCUGAGGCAUCGACACGCUGAGCAGCAACUGGUCAGCUUGAUAGACACCACCCAGUUGCCCGUGUACCACAUACAGUUCCCUGCCGUUGGCAUCUGUCCUUGGGGUCAUGUCAACUGGGAGCGAGCCCCGAGUGCCGCACUGCGAUUUCUGCCCCGGAAUCCGGAUAAGGAGCUGCUGGAGACAUUUCGUCAGUUACUGGUUCUCUUGGAGCUCACCUCGUUUGCCCACUUCAACAGGGCGACGGACUUGUCCACGAGAAAUCUGACGGGAUUGACAUCACUAAGAAUAAUGUCUAUGAUCAACUACCUGGCCUAUCGCUGCGAUGAGCUCUUUGUCGUCGAUUCCUGCGUCUUCGACGAGACCCCCUAUGAUUGCUGCAAGCUAUUUGUGCCGGAGCAAACGGAGAAGGGACAGUGCUUGGUCUUCAACUCCAUCAUAUCGGAUCAAUCACAAAAGAAGCAGUUGACCAAUAAGUUUUACCCUUAUAGAUUGAGCACGGCUGGUGAGGAUUCGGGACUGAAGUUCACGCUGAAUGCCAGUCACUCCCUGGUGAAAGAUGGCGUUAUGUUGCCAUUUGGAAUGAAUCUGAUGAUCAAGGAGCCCCGUCAAUGGUCCACGGAAAUGAUGUAUCACCUAUACCCCGACACGGAGAACUUUGUGGCAGUGCAUCCAAUGGUCACGGAAACUUCCCCAAACACAUAUGAAAUGAGCCCGGAAAAGAGGCGUUGUUACUUCGAUAGCGAGCGCAAUCCGUAUUUCCAGAACACUACGCUGGCCUAUAAUCGAGAUAAUUGCCUGGCAGUGUGCCUCCAUCAGGCCGUGCUCAGGACCUGCAAUUGCUCCACGCCGGUUUUCCUGCCUCCCAUAGAGGGCAUUCGGGAGUGCGGCAUAGAGGAUGCCCAGUGCCUGGGCAGGAAUGCUGAUAUUUUCAGCUACGUUAAGACGGGCGACCAAGAUAAGUACAUCAACGACUCGCGACGCGGUCAUUUUUGCCACUGCCCCGACAAUUGUAAUUCGCUGCAGUACAAAAUGACGCUCAAUGUUAGGAAAUUGGAUUAUCCCAAAAACUCCACGCAGCACCUGAUCAAGGCCCAGAUCUACUAUGGCCAGCGGGUGAUGACGAAGAUCAUAACCAAACUCAAGUACACCAAUCUGGAUUUGCUGGCCAACUUUGGCGGCAUCGUCAGCCUCUUUAUAGGUGCCUCCGGCCUGAGUAUUUUUGAGCUCUGCCUGGUGCUGGGAAAACUGCUGUGGGCGCUCAUCAAGCAUGUCAAGUCUUAA